AUGGCUUUUAAAGCUUUUUACCGUUUGCAAUUGUUCCAUACAAUUUUAAUUGUCCUGUCGUUGACGGCAACAUGGACGCGUGCACAGCAACCAAGGCGUGAUGCUGAUUGGCCACCACCAGUCAUAUUAAAAAUGGCAAAACCAUUCCAUGAUACUUGUGUAGAAAAAACCGGUGUAACUGAUGAAGCCAUUAAGGAAUUCAGUGAUGGUCAAAUUCAUGAAGAUGAAGCUCUAAAAUGUUACAUGAAUUGUUUGUUCCAUGAAUUUAGUGUGGUCGACGAUAAUGGUGAUGUACAUUUGGAGACACUAUUCCAAAGUAUACCGGGCUCUUUAAGAGAUUUGCUAGUGAAGGCCUCGGAGAAUUGUGUACAUCCAGAGGGUGAUACUUUGUGUCACAAGGCUUGGUGGUUCCAUCAGUGCUGGAAGAAGGCAGAUCCGGUGCAUUAUUUUUUGAUCUAA